AUGGGGGCCUCCCACCCCGACACAGUCAGCUCCAGAGACUGCUUGUCGGAGCUCCUUCGAGAGGUGUACAACUUGCGAAGGCGCCAGGCCGAAUUGGGCGACAGCGUGCGAAACUUCACGAGCAGCGGCGCAGACUCCCGACGAGACACGGGCGACGAUCAGGCGCGCGGCACUCUGGAGGAUCAGCUGGUGGACAGAUUUCUGGAUCGUCGCGGCGACUUGGGGUGGCAACACCCACACACCCAGCAAGCCCUGGAAGAGCUCGCGGGUUUCCUGCGACAAGAGAAGCGGCUCAAUGAAGCCGCGCAGCUGUACCGGGACCGUGGACAAGGUUUGUACCGUGGACAAGGCCUCCGGCGCAGAGACACAGGUUCCUGCGACAUCACAGUCCGCCACAGUGGAAGCGGCGAGGAGAUUUGCAAGGUGAAGUUAUCCGCUUCCGUUUUGGUCUCCAUGCUGUUGGCGAGCUCACUGGAAGCAGCUGGUCGGGAGGACGGGCAUCUUCUACUCGAGUCAGAGGUGCUAGACGAGAGUGUCAGCGUGGAAACUGCAGGUGUGUAUGGCCGUGCCGAAGUGUUCCUCGUUGUGGUGCGGGAGGCUGAUGGUCCUGUCGAGAGGAAGAAGCAGCUAGAGCGCAUACUACGCCGUCGGGAGAAGCACCUGGGGAUGAAUGAUCCGAAAGUAGCGUCUACUCUUCAGCAGCUCGGCAACGUGCUCGAAGAACUCCAGGAGUUUCAGGAGAUGGCCAACGUGUUCGGGAGGUGCCUUGAGAUCCAGGAAGGGCAGCGUGAUAUUCCGCCAGCAGAGACUGCCGCGACGCUUUCGAAGCUUGCCGUUGCGAAUGGAAAGCUGGGCGACCACAGCAAGGAGGUCAAACUGCUGGAGCUUCGCAUGAACAUUCAAGAGCAGCGCACUCUGCAAGAUGAUUCUGCAAGGUCCGACUUAGAAGCUGCGCUGUUCGAUCUGGCAGUGGUGUAUGGACAUCUCGGGGAGUUUAGCAGGAAGGUCCAACUUUUGGAGCGGGGUUUGAAGAUGGUGGAGAACGAUCUCGGCCUCGAGCAUCCAAAGCUGAUGCAAUUUCUGAAGGAACUCGGAUCGGCUUAUGGAGACUUGGGCGAUGAUGCGAGGGAGAAGAGUUUGCUGGAACGCUGUGAGAGCAUCCAGGCACAAAGAGAAGGUCGUGGUGCUUCUAGAGCGCAUGGUCCGAAGACCCCGAUCCAAACAGCAGUCACAUAUGACAAGGUGGAUGGCUUGGCUGUCACAUUGGGCCAUCGUGACUUCACACAGAUUCGGCAGGGAGUUGUGAUGAUCGCACGGAGGCAUUCCCACGCCAGAUUCGCGAUUUCUGACUUGGAGGAAUGCCCAAAGCUGCCGCCGAACGUGUGUCCUUUGAGCCCUGUCCUGAAGCUUCUGCCCCACGAGACUCGCUUUGACGAGGAGCCUGUACUUCUCAUCAUCCGUGUCUGCACGGGUGCUCAGGCGGCGUGGCGCUCAUCGUCGGAUGGCGGUUGGGAGUCGCUUCCGGAUGUGAAGUUUUUUCCAGGAUAUGCCGUGCUGUGGCUGGAUCAUUUUUGCGAGCUCUUUGUCGGAACUGAUGGUACCUGCGCCCCAAAACCCAGAGGAAUGCUCGUCCGUGGCUUCGUGGAUGGAGCCACAGGGAGGGGCAAAUGCGCAGUUCUGCACACCAACUGUCCCUCUUGUACCCAUCAGCUAGAGCUGACGUCCGACUACCGCGUGGACCCCGAGGUCCUGAGGGGAUUCGACGAAAAAACGGGCCGGCUUUCUGUGCAGGCUCCUACAGCCAUGGAGACAGACUCACCAUAG